CCAGCCCUCGACGACCCAGGAAGUGAGUGCUGAAACUUUGAUUCGUCGUCAAAAAGCUACAAGAUUUACUUUUUUACUUUUUACUGAACACUACAGCUUCAAGGUCCGAACCUCUGCUGAAUUUUUGUGAAGGAGAACAAACUAACAAGCUACAGAAAACAAAAAGGGUUGUCUCGAUCCCGUGGGACUUCUCUUGGAUCCUUCUUUGAAGAUGCAUUCCGCCAGAUAUGACAAAGAUGGUCACAGCAAACAUGAGCGGAUCGACUUUUUAACCCAAAAAGAGAAGGCCCCACCAAAGAGCAAGACUGGCAUCGUGAUUGGUGUUGUUGUGGCACUUCUCAUCCUUUCAGCCGUCGCAGCUUUCCUCAUUUGGUUUUCUGUCUUUAAAGAUGCUGAUUCAGAUGCCGCCCUCAGUAAGCAGCUCCGUCAAUCAGUACCGGUUUUUAGCGGGCAUAUGACGCUGGUUAAUCAACCUUAUGACCAAAACCUGGAGGACACCAACAGCCCAGAAUUCCAGGCUCUGGCAGAAAAAUUGGAGACAGUUCUGGGGAACUAUUUAAAGAGAGAUCCAAUCCUUGAAAAAUACUACACCAAAUCUGUAGUCACUGCAUUCAGCGAGGGCGUGAAAGCCUACUACUGGUCUCAGUUCAACAUUCCAAAUAGCGACCUGGAGAUGAUACCGGAAGUUUCAGAGGAGCGGAUCUUGAAUGCACUGGAGAGUGGCAUUAGGCAAAGCCGCUCGGCAAGUGCCCCUGAUGUCAAGAUCAGUCAAGUCACCGCCUCACUCACGGAUUCUCGUAUGGCCAGGGACCCAAGAGCCAAUCAUUGUUUCUACCGUCUGGAAGCUGACACAAAUCCCCAGAAUUUUUCAUCUCCAGGGUACCCCACGGGCUACCCCCCCCAGUCACGGUGUCAGUGGCAAAUCCGAGCCUCGGAGGAAAACGUUAUAGUUGUGAAUUUCCUUUAUUUCUACAUUGAGGAUGACUGCUCAGACGACUUUGUCUACAUCUAUGACUCUUUGAGUCCAGAUGAUUCUCAGGCCAUUACAAAGAAGUGUGGUCAGAGGCCUCCUUCUAACCCUCUGGAGGUUGUGUCAUCUAACAACAUCAUGCUGAUUAACUUUAUAGCUGAGACUGAUGCUCAGAAGCCUGGCUUCCAAGCCGUGUACAGUGUGAUCCCCAAGGCUGAUGUUACGUGUGGUGGCAGCCUUUCUCAAAAACAGGGAAGCUUCACUUCCCCACUUUACCCAAGCUUUUAUCCUCCUGCUAAAGAGUGCAAGUGGACCAUCACGGUCGCUCCUGGGAGCAAAGUACGGCUGAGGUUCACCAUGUUUCGCAUGAAAGAGCCUGGAGUGGACACGCGUUUAUGUCACAAAGACUAUGUGGAAAUUAUGGGAAACAAGUAUUGUGGAGAAGUCGCAUCGCUGUCUUUGACCUCUGACACCAACGUUCUAGUGGUUAAUUUCCACUCUGAUAGGUCUCACACUGACAAAGGCUUCAGUGCAGAGUACAGUUCCUAUGAUCCUUCAAACCCUUGCCCUGACCGGUUUGCCUGCACCAAUGGCCUGUGCAUCGACCAGAAAUUGAAGUGUGAUGGCUGGAACGACUGUGGUGACAUGAGCGAUGAGAGCCGGUGCAGUUGCGAUAAGGACCAGUUCGCUUGCAGUAAUGGUAUGUGUAAACCGAAGCUCUGGGUGUGUGAUCAUGUCAACGACUGUGGGGAUGAAAGUGAUGAGAAAAUGUGCGGUUGUGCCCUAAAUGAGUUCCAGUGUGGGAACGGGGUUUGUCUGCCACAGAGUGUUAAGUGUGAUGAUAAGCAAGACUGCAAAGAUGGGAGCGAUGAGGUUGGUUGUAAAACUGAUACGCGUAUAUGCACUGACUAUAGCUUCAAGUGUAAGAGCGGAGUUUGUAUCAACAAGGUGAAUGCCGAAUGUGACCGCGUCCAGGACUGCUCUGAUAACUCGGAUGAGACCAUUUGUGAUUGUGGCACCAGGCCUUACAAGCUGAAUCGCAUCGUAGGAGGGCAGAAUGCUGAGCUAGGGGAGUGGCCUUGGCAGGUUAGCCUUCACUUCUCAACCAACGGGCCGACUUGUGGUGCCUCAAUCAUCUCUAACACGUGGCUUCUUUCGGCCGCUCACUGUUUUGUCACCAGCACCCCAGAGAACAAAGAUCCAUCCAAAUGGCAGUCCUACAGUGGCAUGCAGAACCAAUUCAGCCAUGACAACGUGCAGUCCCGCAAAUUGAAGAGAAUCAUCCCCCACCCGCUCUACAAUCAAAUGACAUCUGACUAUGACAUUGCUCUGCUGGAGCUCAGUGAACCGCUGCAAUUUGCCAAUACCAUACAACCCAUCUGCCUACCCGAUUCCUCCCAUGUUUUCCCAGCAGGCAUGUCCUGCUGGGUCACAGGCUGGGGCGCUCUCCGAGAAGGAGCAGGUCAAGCUGCACAGAUUUUACAGAAAGCAUUAGUGAAAAUCAUCAAUGACUCCGUGUGUGACGUGGUCACAGAAGGCCAAGUCACCUCCAGGAUGCUCUGCAGUGGAUACUUGUCUGGAGGAGUUGACGCAUGCCAGGGUGACUCUGGAGGCCCCCUGGCGUGCUUCGAAGAGAGCGGGAAGUGGUUCCAGGCGGGCAUUGUGAGCUGGGGAGAGGGCUGCGCUCGUCGGAACAAGCCUGGUGUCUACACGCGCGUCACCAAGCUCAGAGAAUGGAUUAAACAGGAGACAAAUAUUUGAUGUUUGUGUGGGGAACAGGCUGGGUUGCAGAGUUAACCUAUCCUGUUGCUCAAUGUCAUCAGUGCUUUAAAAAAAAAAAAAAAACCCAUCAUACUGAACAUGUUAUUCUGAUCAGAACAAAGCUACUCGCAUCAGCUACUUGACUUCAGGCAUGGUAUUUUAUGUAAUUUUUAAAGACGAUCUUCAGCACAAUGAGCAUAGUUACCCCCAUCAAUUCAUGACCUCUUUAAGCGGUAAUUAUUUUUUUCACUCUUUUUGUCCAGUGUGACUGUUUUAAGGGAUUCAGAGUGUUUCUGAGUACAGUAUCAUACUCUGGAAAGUGGUUGUAUUUUAAAGUUUUUAAUGUGAUUUUUUUUUUUUUUUUUCUCUUUUGUGAGAUGCUUUCAUCCUCUUGCUGCAGUAAAUAUUGCCAGUAGGCUCAUGCGGUAAAUGGCUAUAAAUUUAUGGUUUUAUGUAAUGACAGAAGUUUCUUUAAAAACAAAAAACAAAAAAAACAAUAGCUACAAUAAAAACAAAUAACACAAGAACAAAAAUCCAGGUAGGGAAAUUUUCAUAUCCUACUAAAAUGAAUGAAAACCAAAAACUGCCUUGAAGGUAGAAAAUGCAGUAAUCAAUCUAAAAGCCCACAGUUUGCUUUGGAAAAUGGCCAGCAAUAAAGUACACCGGUUUGUAGUCAGCAGUCUGAAAAUAGGAAAAACACUAGCAUGAGCAUUGAAGAGUUAGACUGGAGUGAUUCAUAAAAAGUUGUAGCAACCCAGAUCAGUUUAUUUGUUAUUUAUAGAGGGCCCUGCCGGUGAAUGAUUAGGCAAAAUUUCAUACUCAGGAGAAGGGCAGAGGGUGGUGUUUAGGUCUUGCUGGCUUUUGCACAUGUCUGCAGUUAAGCUCGGGGCGACUGGGGUCUUCAAUCACACAGCCUGAGUGUAAAUCAGUGCGGUUUUCACUAGUUGCAAGAGCAAUGCAAUCCAUUCUUCACCGUGAGAGCUUCCUCUGUUUGAUCACGACCCAACUUCACCUUAAGCAACAUAUCUGACCCGAUGGUUUAUUCUAACGCACCUGCAACUGUUACACUCAGGAUAAGAACUAGAAUUUUUCCAAGGAUUAUUUAUUGAAGGGGAGGAAAUAUUAGAAUAAACAAUUGGCAGGGUUAUAUACAUAUGUAAAUGUGUAUUAUUUUUUCAAAAUAUGUAUGUAGAAAGUUGGGAGAGGCUACAAAUUUUAGAAGAUAUUUUCAUAAGCAUUGUAUACAAACUGUGACUUGGAUUAUGGACCUUUUAUUCUCUGUUUGUGUGCGUUUGUAUCUAUUUUUAUAUGAGUCAUGAUAAUAAACAUCUUUUAUCUGA